GAAGAGGCCUGGCGCGGGGACGUCACCCCUCCACUAUAAGAGGGGACCAGUGGACCAUGUUCUCUACUCGCUGGGUCACCAAACACGGUUGUGCUGCUACCAAGUGCUUGGCACUGUAACUGAGGCUGAGAUAGAGACAUGGCACCAGGCAAGAAGGGGAUCCUUGAGCGUCUGAACGCUGGAGAGGUGGUGAUUGGCGAUGGAGGCUUUGUCUUCGCUCUGGAGAAGAGGGGCUACGUCAAGGCUGGCCCCUGGACUCCUGAGGCUGCCCACACACACCCUGAGUCUGUCCGCCAACUGCACAGGGAGUUCCUGAGGGCAGGAUCAAACGUCAUGCAGACUUUCACCUUCUACGCCAGUGAUGACAAACUGGAGAACAGGGGUCAGGCCCUGAAGAUCACUGGUGCACAGGUGAACGAGGCUGCCUGCGACCUUGCCAGAGAGGUGGCUAAUGAGGGAGAUGCCCUGGUGGCGGGCGGAGUCUCCCAGACCCCCUCCUACCUUAGUUGCAAGAGCGAGACUGAAGUCAAGGCGAUCUUCAAGAAACAGCUGGAUGUCUUCAUGAAGAAGAAUGUGGACUUCAUGAUUGCCGAGUACUUCGAGCAUGUGGAGGAGGCUGAGUGGGCCGUCCAGGUGCUGAAGGCCAGCGGCAAGCCGGUGGCUGCCAACAUGUGCAUCGGACCCGAGGGAGACAUGCACGGCGUCUCCACAGGAGAGUGUGCCGUGAGGCUGGUCAAGGCCGGGGCCCAGAUUGUGGGAGUCAACUGCCACUUUGACCCCAUGACCUGUGUGAAGGCUGUGAAGAUGAUGAAGGAUGCCGUGGAGAAGGCUGGUCUUAAGGCCCACUAUAUGGUGCAGCCUUUGGCCUUCCACACCCCUGACUGCAACUGCCAAGGAUUCAUCGAUCUGCCAGAGUUCCCCUUCGGACUGGAGCCCAGGAUCCUGACCCGUUGGGACAUGCAUGCAUACGCCAGGGAGGCCUACAACGUGGGCAUCCGCUACAUCGGGGGCUGCUGCGGCUUCGAGCCCUACCACAUCAGGGCCGUGGCGGAGGAGCUGGCCACCGAGAGGGGCAUCCUACCCGCUGCCUCAGAGAAACACGGCAUGUGGGGCGCCGGCCUGGAGAUGCACACCAAACCGUGGGUCAGAGCCAGGGCCCGUCGGGAUUACUGGGAGCAGCUCAAGCCUGCGUCAGGACGUCCCCUGUGCCCGUCCAUGUCCACGCCAGAGGGAUGGGGCGUGACCAAGGGGCAUGCAGACCUCCUGCAGCACAAGGAGGCCACCAGCAGCCAGGAGAUGAAGCACGUGGUGGAGCUGCAGAAGAAGGCCAAAUCCACGUGAGGAGGGCCGAGCAGCAGAGGGGAAACAAAAACAAAAACAAGAACAAGAAGAAUCUCGUCUCUAAUCUGUGAAAUUAAUAGAGGCAAGAGAAGCUGGACGAAGCAGGGAAAGGGAAGCUCUACUCCGUUUGAAUUAUGGACCAAAGCACUUGUAACAGCCAGCAACACUGUGAAUUACCAAGAAAUAAACUGAAUUUAAUAAUG